GAGUGAAACGAGAAGAUGCUGCAGAACAAACAGAGGAGAGUGAAGACGGGAAAAUUGAAGAAGCAUUCAGAGUGAAACAAGAAGAUACUGAGGAACAAACAGGAGUGUGAGGACAUGAAGAGUGAAGAAGCAUUUAGAGUGAAACAAGAAGAUGCUGAAGAACAAACAGGCCUGAUGCCACUAAAGGAAGAGAGUGAAGAACUGAAUAAAAUGGAAGAGAAGGAUCAGGAUGAAAAACAUCAUGAUUUCAUAACUAAAGAAAAAUCACAGACUGAAAAGACGUUCUCACCAAAAGAAGCUAAAGUGACAGGAACUACAAAUUGUUUUACCUGCCAACAAUGUGGAAAAGGUUUUACUCAAAAAGGAAACCUUAAUGUCCACAUGAGAGUUCACACUGGAGAGAAGCCUUUCACAUGCCCUCAGUGCGGAACCAGUUUUACACAUAAAGGAACCCUUAUUACCCACAUAAGAAGUCACACUGGAGAAAGCCCUUAUACCUGCAAGCAGUGUGGGAAGAGCUUCUCACGAAAAAUAAGUUUUAAGACUCACACGAGAAUUCACACCGGAGAGAAGCCUUACACAUGCACUCAGUGUGGAAGAAGUUUUACACAUAAAGGAACUCUUAAUACACAUUUGCAAAGUCAUACUGGAAAAAGCCCUUACACAUGCAACAUGUGUGGAAAGAGCUUCUCACGAAAAGAGAGUCGUAAGAUUCACAUGAGAAUUCACACUGGAGAAAAGCCUUACACAUGCACUCAGUGUGGAAAGAGUUUUACACAUAAAGGAACGCUUAAUGCCCACAUGAAAACUCACACUGGAGAGAGUCGUUUUACCUGCAAACAGUGUGGGAGAAGCUUCUUACGAAAAGAAAGUCUUAAGACGCACAUGAGAAUUCACACUGGAGAGAAACCAUACACAUGUAAUCAGUGUGAGAAGAGCUUCAGAUGUAAAGUAACCCUUAAUUACCACAUGAGGAUUCACUCAAGAACAGUGCUUCAGAUGUCAUUUGUAUGAAGGGUGUUUCACUGAUAGGAAACACCUUAAAGGAGAAGUCCACUUCCAAAACAAAGCUUCACAUAUAAUUUACUCACCCCCUUGUCAU